AUGGAGUCAACCGCUCUGAAUGGAAGAGUGGCCCGAUGGCAAAUUCUUCUAUCUGAAUUUGACAUAGUUUAUGUGAACCAGAAGGCGGUCAAAGGAAGCGUAAUAGCGAAAUUCCUAGCAAGUAGAGCUCUGGAAGAUUAUGAGCCACUGAACUUCGAUUUCCCAAAUGAGGAUUUGAUGUAUGUUGCAACUAUAGAAAGAGAUUUCCAAGAAGGUGGUCCUUGGAAGUUUAGUUUUGACGGAGCUUCAAAUGCUAUAGGCAACAGAAUUGGGGCAGUACUCGUGUCUCCUAGUGGAGAUUAUUAUCCUUUCACUAGCAAAUUGGACUUUGAUUGCACAAAUAACAUGGCUGAGUAUGAAGCUUGCGUUAUGGGCAUCCGGGCAGCUAUAGAACGGAAAAUUAAAGUGCUAGAGGUAUACGGGGACUCUGCAUUAGUAAUUUACCAGCUCAAAGGGGAAUGGGAAACAAGAGACCCGAAGUUAGUUCGCUAUCGAAAAUUGGUUCUAGAAUUGAUUGAGGAAUUUGAUAGUGUCACCUUUAGCUAUCUCCCACGAGAUGAGAACCAGAUGGCAGAUGCUUUGGCCACCCUAGCUUCUAUGUUCAAAGUGAACAAACUAGAGGAUGUGAAGCCUAUCCAGAUCAGCAUCUAUGAGGCUCCAGCCCAUUGUUGUAACAUUGACAAUGAAGAGGAAAAUGAUGAUCACCCAUGGUAUCACAACAUAUUGCGAUAUGUGAAAAGUCGUGAGUACCCUGACCAUGCGAAGGAAAAUGAUAAGAAGACAUUAAGGAGGUUAGCCCUUGACUAUGUCCUAGAUGUGGAAAUUUUGUAUAAAAAGGGAAUAGAUCAAGUAUUGUUGAGGUGUGUGGAUGCUGUCGAGGCAAAGAAAAUUUUGGAAGAAGUGCAUGAAGGUAUCUGCGGAACGCAUGCCAAUGGCUUCACGAUGGCCAGACAAAUUAUGAGAUUUGGGUACUAUUGGUCCACCAUAGAAGAGGAUUGCAUUAAUUAUGCCAAAAGGUGCCAUAAAUGUCAAAUUUAUAGUGACAAAAUGCACGCACCACCUUCACCCCUUCAUGUUAUGGUUUCUCUAUGGCCUUUCUCCAUUGGGGAAUGGACGUUAUCGGGCCAAUAUCUCCAAAAGCUUCUAAUGGGCAUCGUUUUAUCUUUAUAG